UUCAUUCGGUCGUCAAAUAAAACUGUGUUUAAAUUAUGUGUGUUUAUUAGCGCGGUGCUUUGGACGCUAUACGCAUAAAAAGUGUCUAGUUUAGUUUAGUACAGCAAUAAUAAUUGUCAUAUACCAUACAGCAUACAGCAACACAAACAACAAUACAAGUUGGGAUCGGUUGUGAUCUGUGGACAUAAAAAAGCAAAUAUGGCCGCCACUUGUUGGAUGAUAAAGUUUAUUUAAUGAACGGGAGAUGUUGAAAAAGUGAUACUUACAAAUGUAUUUUAAAAGGUGAUUUAAAGUGAAAAUGUUUGUAUUAGUUUAAUAAUUUACAAUUUAAAACGCCAACCAAUUCUAUAUAUUGCAAUUGAAAUUUGUGCAUUAAACAAUCUUAUCAGCUCGUGUGUUGAACUUCAAUUCUUUUUUGUUCUGCUGCAAUCGAAACGUUGAAAAUAUCGUUAAAACCUAUGGAAGACCCAUCAAUCAAAAAGAGAUUAAUUGAUUUUGGUAUCGAUGAGCAUGAGUAUGACGAGGUUCAGGAAUUACCAGACGAAUCAAAUAUUAAUCCACAAAUUGCAACCACAACAACAGAAAUACAACAGCAACAACAACCACUAUUACACAUCUCAAGCAAUAACAAUAGUCCGAGCACAAUCACAACGGAUUUACCACCCGAACUGCCGCCACCUAAACAAAACAAAGUGAAGAACUCAAAGAAAAACAAAUCGAAGUCGAAAAUUCCGCGUUCACCUUCACUCGCCUCGAGUAGUGCCAGCGGUAGUGGUGCGUUGGCGACUAGCGGUAGUAAUAAUCGUUUAAACAACAAUAACAAUAAUAAUUUUGGUAGUGCAAUUAAUUAUUCACAAGCGGCGGUUAGUGGCAGUACCGCAUACUCACCAAUACCGCCACAAACACCACCACUGCCGGCCAACUAUCAGCAAAGCAAAUUGAAACAUAUGAAUGGUGGUGGCAACGUUACACCAACACUAAAGACACCGCAAACGCCAUUAGCUAUAUUUGGUGCUGGUAUUUCACCUGUAACGCCAACAACACCAACAAUUUUGGUGUCCAAUAGCGGUGGCAAUAAUAAUGUUGGCUUCGCAAGCACACCGACCGUUGGUAGUGUUGGUGGACUCGCAGUGAUGGGUGGUGGUAGUAUGCCACUUGGUGGAGGCCUAAGUGCCAAUGGUUCGAACGUCGUCGGUAGUGGUGGUGGCGGUGGUGGAGGUGGUGUGAAUGUGCCCGGUGCAGGUAAUCAGCGAGGAAGCGUUAAUAUGGCCUCUGCUCGACGCACACAAAUGCAAAUCUCUCCGAUACCAGAAUCACCGAAACACUUCCAAUAUUUGACCUUGACCGUGCGUAAGGACGAAAAUGGUUAUGGCAUGAAGGUCUCUGGCGACAAUCCAGUUUUUGUCGAAAGCGUCAAACCAGGUGGAGCGGCACAAAUUGCUGGCUUAGUUGCCGGCGAUAUGAUCUUAAAGGUCAAUGGACAAGAAGUGCGUAUGGAGAAGCAUCCGACUGUGGUUGGCUUAAUAAAAGCGUCCACCAUCGUUGAAUUAGCCGUGAAACGCAGUCAAAAAAUGACGCGCCCCUCUUCGGUGGGAAUAGUGCCUUCCACACCCAUACUAUCGGGACGUGAUCGGACAGCAUCCAUAACAGGCCCACAACCGGUUGAUAGCAUCAAACGCCGCGAAAUGGAAACGUAUAAAAUACAAACGCUACAAAAGAUGCUGGAGCAGGAGAAAUUGAAUUUGGAGCGCCUGAAAGGUGACACCAACGAUCCGAGCUAUAAACUUUCUGAAGCGAAUAUCCGAAAGCUGCGCGAACAAUUGCGAAAAAUCGGUGCUGAGGAUGCACCAACAAUCAAAUUGCAACCAACUGCCAACAACAAUAAAAAUACCGCAAUGCUCUCGUCCACUCAGCUACACAAUUUAUCUGCGCCCUCUCACCACCAUCAUCUACACCUACAUCAGCCAACACUACUCCAACAUACGGCUAUUACACCACAACCACAAGUCCAAUCCUCUCCUGCCUUCCUCUCACUUUUGCCCCGUUCGCUGUCCUCACUGUCAUUGGGCACGCGCAAAAAUAAAAUUGAUAAAGAUUUAAUUACUGCGCCAUUGAAUAAUACAACGGAUUUUCUACAUCAACAAUAUCAUCAUCACCAACAUCACGCCAACAACAAUGCGGCCACAUCACCACUACCGCCAUAUAAUAUGUCACAAUCGCUGCAUCAACCGCAAACACAAACGCAACAACAACAACAGCAUCGCAAUUCAACGCAACAAGCACUCUUCUAUCAGCAACAGCAGCAACAACAACAGGCGCGUCUCAAAGAAACACCAAAAUCGUCAAGCUCUAAGUGCAAGAAUAAAUUUGCCGCACAGGCGAAAACGCACAGCAUACAAGAAGACAUACCGCCACCGUUGCCACAACGCAAUCCGCCGCGUCAGUUGCAACUAGACAAUAACGGUAAUGCAGGCGGCGUCAUGAGUAAUAGCAGCAGCAGCAACAAUGCAUCGUUAUUCGCACCGAUUUCCGAUCUAGACCUGGCCGGUAGUCCGCAAGGCAAAUCGCCACAACCUACUUUGCCGCCACCGCCCACUGCGUCACAGUCUUGCGCAGCGGCAGCAGCGUCCUCAUCAGCAGUGGGACAAAAGAAACGCUCCAAAGCUAAGACGAAAGCGCUCUCCGAUCCGAAGAUGUCAACGCAAAUGUUCCUACAAAUGGAGACGGCAGUUGGCGCCAAUGCUUCGGGCGCAGCAGCUGAUAGUGGCAACUCUGAAACAGAUUGUAUACCACCACCGCUGCCACCGCGUCAACCCGGCAUGCUGGAAGAGUCGCCGCACAGAGGCAGUUUUUCGAAUUUGAAUGUUGCUGGCCAAGGUGGCAAUGGAGCUGGUGGUGCACCACGGCCGCCACCCAACAGCAUCGACACGCUGCUCAAUUAUCCGCUUGUGGCCACAUGCACACCAGUGCAUCGAGACAAUAUGGCAGCGGCUUUUCCGCUCUCACAGCGACCCAAUAUCGUACAACAAUUGCAGCAACACCAACAGCAGCAGCAGCAACUGCAGAACAGCAAUAGUUGUGCGGGAACGGCAACAGCAGCUGCUUUGGGACAAACGCCACAGAAUUUGAAUCAUCUCAAUAAGCAUCGACGUGUGGUUUCAUCACCAGAGAAUAUGCAUCCCAGACAUCCAGAUCGAAUCAACAAAACAACCUCUGGUUCCUGGGAGCUCAUAGAGAAGGAUGACGAAGUAACACCACCUGGCACACCACCGCCCCCGUACCUGAACAUGUCCGGCGCGGAGGAGCAGCCGCAGUUGGCGCAUGACAGUGCCGUCAGUGGCGGUGGCGGUAUUUUCAUUGAAUCACAUCAUUUUACACCACUCGCAGGCGCAGCAUCACCAACACCACCCAUUACCACAACCCCCACCACGGCCAACACACAUUCCAGUCGCAUUUUAGCCGCACAAUCGAACGCCACCCAAAAGGAGAUAAUCUCCAUGGAGGACGAAGAUGCAUCCGAUCAAGAGGGUCCAUUCAUCGACGAGAAUGGCCCUUUUAACUAUCUGCAACGUUUACUUGAGCCAGAGAAUGUCGCCUUCUUGGCUGUCUUUCUCAACUAUGUAUUAUCGAAUUCGGAGCCGGCGCCACUACUUUUCUACCUAAUCACCGGGCUAUAUAAAGAGGGCACGGCCAAAGAUAUGCGCAAAUGGGCAUACGAGAUACAUUCGACAUUCCUGGUGCCGCGUGCUCCGCUCUCCUGGUAUCGUAAGGAUGAGUCUCUGGCGCGCGAGGUGGAUAAUGUGCUACAAAGCGAAUUCGAUAAGGUGGAAAUUUUACGUAAAGUCUUUUGGAAGAGUCGAAAGUGUGCACGUGAUACGAUCUGUGCGCAGUUACGUGAAUUCCAACAAACACGCACCGAAGGCUUGGGCACAAUUUAUGGGCCAACGGAUGCGCAACUCGCGGAUGCGCGUGGCGACAAGCAACGUGAACAGCACAUCUUUGAGGAGACGUUGAUGCGAAAGUUGCAGGUGUUAAUUGAGGAGUAUGAAAAAGACUUACCUAUAGAGGAUCCCAAGAAAUUAGCACUUUGCUCGGCCUUAUCAACAGUUAUACAUCGCAUAUUUAUAACACGCUCGCAUCCGAACAGUAUUGUUGAUCGUGUGCAUCACUUUGUUAGUCGUGAGAAGAGUUUCAAGUCGCGUCUGAUGGGCAAAAACCGAAAAAUGAUUGUUCGUGGUCAUCCAUUGGUAUUACGUCAAUACUACGAAGUGACCCACUGUAAUCAUUGUCAGACUAUUAUCUGGGGUGUGAGUCCGCAAGGUUACCAUUGUACAGACUGUAAAUUAAAUAUUCACCGUCCUUGUUCGAAAGUGUUAGAUGAGAAUUGCCCAGGCCCUUUGCCACAAUCGAAACGAAAAGAGCCGCAUAACGAUAACAAAAUCAGCAAAUUUAUGGGAAAAAUACGACCGCGAACAUCGAGUGAUUUUAUUUCAAUGGAAAAACGUGCCCGUCACGAGGAAGAUUUUGAUCCAAUGGAUUUUGCAAAUGGUAAGCUUAGUUUUAAAUUAAGUUUUAGAUAAAAAUAUUUAGUGAAGUUAA